UCCGCACCGCACCGUACGACAUCUCACCACACGACUUGACCUCUUCAUCACCAUACCACACCACACCACAGCCAUGGUCGCCGACGCCCUCAUCUACCACCCUUCGGUGGCUCACUUCAACCGCUUCGUGGCCACCACCAUUGGCCGUGACAAGACUCUUCGAACCAUUCAAUACUUCUCGCGAUUCCUAGCAUGGUACCUCUACCGAACAAACCACCCACAAACCACGGUCAACAUCUUCGAUCAGACCAAGAAGAGCUUUGGCAGCGCACGUAAAGCCUUCCGAAUUGGCAAAUUUGUCGAGCACUUCAAGGCUGCUGCCGUGGCGUCGGACUCCAAAUCCAUGGACCCAGUGCUCAAAUACUUGGCUGUCGGACGUCAACUAGGCUACGGUUUCUACCUUUUGCUUGACGCCAUCAGUUACUUUGACACAACUGGCAUCUACAAGUUGCAGUCCGGAGCGCGGAUAGCCAAGGAGGCGUAUCGCGCGUGGUUCGUGGGUUUGGCGUGCAACAUCACUGCUGGUGUAUACACGCUUUACAAUUUGCAGCAGAUUGCGAAGAAGCAGCAACAGAGCGUUGGGGACGCGGAGAAGAAGGUGGAGCAGAAGACACUAGAAAGGGAGAAAGCAGCUACUCAGUUGCAGCUGUUGUCAGACGUUUGCGAUAUUACUGUGCCCAGCAGUGCUAUUGGCAUGGUCAAUCUUGAUGAUGGCAUUGUCGGUCUGGCAGGAACUGUUUCUUCUCUUAUCGGCCUUACCGCUGCAUGGGCAAAGACUGCGUGAGAAUUUACACUUGCUUGAUGUUCAUGAGACUGAUCUAAACGAUUUCAUCGAGGGAAUUAGCUGACCUGGUGCAACUAUUUGCGGUCCUCGGCGAGAGACCGUGUGUAAGAGAGCGAGAGAGAGAGAGAGAGGUGCUUGUUUUGAAGCACGAUCGGCUAACCCGGCGAACUGCUUCGCCUAUCGGGUCGCAGGCAGAUCGCUUGGGCUUCUGACGAUAUAUGUUCCUCCCAAAUACCACCAUGAUUCCAU